CGAUAAUAACUUUCAGCUACUCUUCAGAGAAAUUCCCUAUCCUUGUCAAGACUGCAUGCAACCGUUUAAAUAUCGAGUUUUCGAGAUAUAGGAAGGCGGUGUUGCAUUGUUAGGAGGGUUGAUUGAUUCUUGAUUUUCCGGGAUGGGGAGCAACCUGGAUCCAGAUAUGAUAUAUUAUGCCUGCAUUGCUAAAGAAACCACGAUUCUCGCGGAAUUUAAUUCAAAGGAUGCUGAUCUUGGCUCUGUAGCCCUCAAGUGUCUUGAAAAAGCCCCUGAAUUGCACUCUGAUUUCUAUCAUUCUGUCCACAACAGGACCUAUAUGUUCAUAUUCGAAAGGCCUUAUACGUACUUUGCUAUAUUUGAUGAAAAUCUCGACAGGCCAUCGUGUUUUUUGUUUCUGAAUAGUGUAGCGGAUUCAUUUAAUCUCAUUCUUGAUCGAAAUCCUGUGAAACGUUUGACACCUAUCAGCUCUCAUUGUUUCCAGGGGGACUUUAGUCCUGUUUUUCAUCAAUUGUUGGAACCGCAUUCAGAUUUGGAUGUGGUUCCACCGAGUGCUGGUAAAACAGGUGCUGAUGAUGGGUCGGUGAGAAAUGGAUCGACUCCUCUGUUAGGAGGAUCCGCGAAGAAGAGAUUUUUGGGGCAUUUUACAGGUGCCAACAAAAAUAAAAAGAAGAGUGGUGGCGCGCCAAAGGAAAGUAAGGUGGAUGUGUCGUGUGAGCAUCAUGAUUUUCUUGGUGGUAGUUUCGGUAGUCACAAUAAGAAUGGCCUAUUUGAUGACGAUAAGGCGAAGAGGGUGUGGAGAAAACAUGUUUGGAUGGUGUUGUCACUGGAUUUCAUUUUGUGUGUUAUGUUGUUCAUCAUUUGGCUGUGCAUCUGCAGAGGCUUCGAAUGCCUUGCUUGAUUUCGACGCCCUUCUCAGCUGUGAAUCAAAGCCUUGAUUGCAUUUCGACGCCCUUCUAGACAGCAUAUGGUUGGUAUUAUGGUUCUGUGGCCUUUCUGGAGCUCAAUGCCUUGGUUUGUGAAAGAAAUACUACAAGGGAAUUGAGAAUGUUGGUUUAAACUUCA